UUGUUAUUAUAUUCUGCUUGUCUUGUGUUUACUUUUUUCCGUUAAACGGAAAAACAUUGGUAUAGAAUUAUGUUUAGCUGUUUUGAUAAAUGAAGAGUACAUUUUAGUAAUGUUCGUUCUUUUGAGUAGAUUUGUAGUAGGUUGGAGCUAAAAGAGAAACAUUUGAACUCUUUUUUCAUUGCUUUUUGCUCAAGGAUUGCAGUUAUUUUUUAUUCCCCUUUAUGUGUUGAAUUUGAUGCUCGGCUUUCACUUUGGAAUAAAGUAACGGUCAUCUGGUUUUUGAAAUGGUCACCCAAUCAUGGUUUCGUAGUCUGUGGACAUCAUCGAAGAAGAAUGAGUUUCAUACUGAAAAGGCGAAGAUUGCAGUUUUGUCAUUUGAGGCUGCUAGCUUGAUGACUAAACUGCUUCACCUGUGGCAAUCAAUGACUGAUAAGCAGGUUGCUAGGUUAAGAGAGGAUAUAAAUAGCUCGUUGGGUAUAAAGAAGCUUGUAUCGGAGAGUGAUGAAUAUAUAGGGAAGUUGAUUUGUGCGGAGAUGAUGGAAAAUUUGGUGCAUGUGGCAAGAGCGUUGGCCAGGCUGUCCAAGAAAUGCAACGACCCCCUGCUGAGAAGUUUUGAGCAAGCAUUUAACGAUUUGAUUAAGAGUGGCACAGACACAUAUGGUUGGCAGUUCUCAUGGAAGAAGAUGGAGAGAAAAGUCAAGAAGAUGGAACGUUUUAUAGUUGCAAAUGCUAAUUUGUAUCAAGAGAUGGAGACGCUCGCAGAUCUUGAACAGGCAUUGAAGAGGAUGAGGGGCAAUGAUAACGCAGAUAGCAUUGUAUUGGUUGACUAUGAGAAGAAGAUUGCAUGGAAGCGUCAAGAGGUGAAGCAUCUCAAGGAAACUUCUCUCUGGAGUCGGACGUAUGAUUAUACCAUUAUCCUCAUGGCAAGAUCUCUUUUUACCACGUAUGGCAGGAUUGGACAUGUUUUUGGAGUUAACCACAUUGCUGACAUGGGGGCUAAUUCGAGAGUUAUAGAUAUUUCUAAUUCUAAUAAUCGACGUAGCCACUCAACUGUCUUCAUGCAAUCAUCUGUUUAUCCAUCUGAAAAUUAUGUCCCUAGAUUUUCUACGGGUGCACAAAGCGAGUCCAUCUCUGCGAGAACAAACAACUUGGGCAACUUCCGUUCAGGUCCUCUUGGGAACUCAAUGGCUACGUCUAAUCCGAUCUCUGGAAAACAUAAUGGUGUUGGUGGUUAUUAUUCAGGUCCCUUAUCCAGUUCGACAACCAAACCCGAUCCUACUUCAGCUCCAAGAGCAAGCAAGAGUUCUUUGAGGAUGUGGCAUUUCCGUGAUAAAUCUCACAAAGCUGAGAAAAUCUCUCAGCGAAAACCAAAUAAAAUGACCAUGUCAGGACCUUUAACUGGAUCUGUUAUGGGUGGAAAUGGUUCUCAGACCAGUAACAGCUACUUAAUACCUGGUGAUGCUCAUUCUGGAGUUCUGGAUGGAAAGAUUUAUGGGAACUCGAGUGAUGGAAACUUCUCUAUAGUUGGAUCGAAGAGCAAGCUGUUGAAUCCGCCUCCUGAAACUCUUGGUGCUUCCGCCCUAGCUCUGCACUAUGCAAAUCUCAUCAUAUUCAUCGAGAAGUUGGUUGCGUCUCCUCACUUGAUCGGGAACGAUGCUAGAGACGAUGUAUAUAAUAUGUUGCCAGCUAGCAUCAGAGCAUCCCUCAGGGCUAAGCUGAAGCCUUAUGCAAAGAGCCUGAGUUCAUCAGUUUAUGACACAUCUCUUGCAAAUGAAUGGAAUGAUGCUAUGUCAAAAACACUCGAAUGGCUCGCCCCUCUUGCUCAUAACAUGACAAGAUGGCAGUCAGAGCGGAGCUUUGAGCACCAGAGCUUGGUCUCUAGAACAAACAUCCUUCUUGUCCAGACGCUCUACUUUGCAAAUCAAGUAAAGACAGAAGCCCAGAUCACCGAGCUUCUCGUUGGGCUGAACUACAUAUGGAGAUUUGGGAGAGAAAUCACUGGAAAAUCGCUGGCAGAAUGCGCCAGUGGCAGAACGUUUGCCGAAGAUCAGGAGUGAUGUCACUGUAGCCUCCCGUAUGUGUGUGUGUGUGUAUAUCAUCAUCCUUCACCAUCUUGCGCGAUAGUAGCUCCUUUCAUUGAUUGAGAUCCAUUUUCAGACCAUGGUGUCUGGAUAUUACGUUGUGAUGGCGAAGAACAUCAUAUGAUGGAGUUUGAAUCUGAGCCGUGCUUCAUGGAUGCCUGGUAAACUGUAUAUCCAAUAUUGCCAACUCCUCUCUUAUGAUCCGUUGAUAGCAUGUGUAUGUUACUGUUAGAAAUUGGGGGAUUUUGUCUCAUCAAGCUUUGCUGCUUGUCUGAAUUUCAUGUCUCCUUAAGAAUUUGUAUUGUUAGAUUACACGAAUGAUUAAAUAGUGCUUGCUGUUUGUCCUUGGAUUUAUAGCUAUCAUCAAGAAUUUUCGAGUUUUUGGCUUUGAA